UGCCUUUGCCAUCAAGUCCAAUUAUGUCUCGUUUGGAUUGAACAUAACCGUCUGUUUGUCUAUUCCUCACAUCAUGGCUCUUGCUCUCCAAGGCCUCACAUUCCUCCAGCAGUACGCCGCAUCAUGGAUGCACGGAAAGACAAAAUCGUCCUCUAGGGCUCUGAACCUCGGCGUCCUAUCCACCGCUUCGAUUAACGCUGCGGGAAUCAUUCAUCCCUCCGAGACCCAUCCUGAUGUAAACCUCUACGGCAUUGCUUCACGCGAUGCGUCGAAGGCUGAAGCCUAUGCGAAGAAGUAUGGCUUCAAGAAAUCUUACGGUUCAUACCAGGCCUUACUUGACGAUCCGGACGUCAACAUGGUAUAUAUCUCGCUGCCCAAUAGCUUGCAUUUUGAAUGGGCCAAGAAAGCCCUGCUGGCUGGGAAGCACGUCCUUUGCGAGAAGCCGUUUACCUCAAAUGCAAAGGAGGCCAAGCAGCUGGUAAAGUUGGCGAAGGAGAAGAAGCUGGUACUGGAGGAAGCGUUCCAUUGGCAAUUUCACCCAGCAGCACACCUUUUCCGCUCCAUCCUCGAAUCUGGGAAAUACGGUAAAAUCAUCAGUACAGAUGCUUGGAUGACCGUCAGCCCCGGCAUCCCCGAGGGUGAUAUCCGUUGGAAAUUCGACCUUUCAGGCGGCUCCCUCAUGGACCAAACCUACGCUCUCUCCUUCACCCGCUACGCCAUCCACACCACCUCCCCCCCACAAACCAUUCUCUCCGCCGUCUGCCGCCCCUCCACCCGCGACCCGCGCAUCGACGCCGCCAUGCACGCGCACCUCCUCUUCACCUCCCCCACGACCCCGAACCACACCACCUACAGCCGCAUCUACACCGACCAAUCUCGCAGUCGCGCCUUCUUCGGCCUGCUGCCGCGCAUCUGGGAACUGCCCUCCAUCGAGGUAGAAACCGACACCGCAACGAUCUUCUUCUACAACGCCAUCAUGCCCCAUCUCUACCACUACAUCUCCGUCACCGAUAAGCGUACGGGAAAGACGGAAUAUCUGACGCAGCAGUCUGGCGGGCCCGUGUGGGGUGAUAGGUGGACCACCGGUGGAAAAGGAGGGAAACCGUAUUGGAGUACGUAUCGCUGGCAGCUAGAGGCCUUUAUGGAUAGGGUUAGGGGUAAAGAGCCGCCAUGUUGGGUGAGCAGCGAGGAUAGUAUUGCGCAGAUGGAAAGCAUUGAUGCGAUAUACAAGGCUGCAGGGCUGCCUGUUAGAGGAAUAAGCGGGAAGGCUGGGUGAUUAUCCAUCACCUGUACCAGAUGGGUCACUUGAUGUCGCAUGACAAAAAGGGAGGAGGGGGGUAUAAGAAUCAAAGUAUUCCAGUGAGAUAGUACACUAUAAUCAGCUACACUCCAUUGGCACU